AUGAAAGGUAUUCCCUCAUUUUCAUAUAAUCCUUACCUCAACACCUAUGAUAUCUUAUUUUCUAUCAAUACUGAUAAGCUAACAGUUUCUUCUUUAUAGCAACACAUCUUUACCAAGAAAAUAAGACUCCCAACUGUGACUCUUCUUCCGAAGAAGAUGCAGAGAUUCCUAACAAUUAUGGACACAAGAAAUUAGGAGAAUCUUCAUUUGCCUUCCUUCAAAGAACCACUCAGAAUGAAAUGGAGAAGAUUCUGAAAGGAAAGCUCCAAAAAGUGCCUGAUUGAGAUCAGCUGCAGAAUAGGCCUAAGAGAUCCAGGCCUCCUAUUAAACUGAAGGCUGAAUAUGUCAUACCUUCAGUGACAGUCUCUGAUCUACAGAAUAAGUCUUGUCAAACUGAUUUUGAGAAGACUCCUGAAUACUCAAAAAUCGAAAGAAAUUAUGAAAGCAAGCCUUACAAGCAGACAGAAAUAAAUUUUAUGACUCUCCUAAACCCCCAGGAGAUAUAAAUAAGCUUAAACAAGAAAUAGAUUCUCUAAAAUGAACUAUUGAAAAGUUAACAAAAGAGAAUUCUGAGUUAAGGAAUAAACAGCCUUCUUCUCAUGAUAAGACAGAGAAAGAAAUUCAACUGUAUAAAGAAAUCAAUGAGUUAAAGAGAAAGCUGAAUUCACAGACUCGAGGAGGCAAUAGUGGUGAAGUAGCAACUUUGAAAUCAAAGAUAGAAACUCUUUUAGCCAAGAAUUGCUCUCUUGUUAACAAAAUUUCUGAACUGAAAUCCCAAAAACCUCCAAUUCCGAUCCAAAAUCUUACAAAAGAUAACCACAGGAUAAAGCUUGAAAAGGAGCAGGACAUUAAGGAAAUUCAAGAGCUUAAGAAAGCAGAAGUUACUAAAAUGAAGGAAGAAUGGUCUAAAAUUUAUACAAAUCUUACUACAGAAGUAACAAAAUAUAAGGAAGAGAUUGGAGUGCUUGAGAACAACUUGGAAUUGAGCAAACAAGAAAAUGAAAACAUUAUAGCCCUCUUAAAUCAGAAAGAACUCCAGAUGAAAAAGACAGAAUUAGAUAUACAGAAGAAGCUUGGGAAAAGAGAGCUAGAGUGCUCAGCUCUCUGGGAUACCAUCAGAGAUAUACAUAAGGGUAAUGCAGAGCCAACCAAUGCUGAAAGUCUUGAAAAGUUGUUCACAAUCAGAGCCUUAGAAAUUAAAGCGAAGAGAAAGGUGUUCAAAUAA